AAAAAAUCAGCUUCUGAAUAGCAUGAUUUGCAUUUGAAAAGGGUAUUUUGUCAUUUAUUUUGAACAAUUUCCUAAUAGUUGCUUCAAAUAUAUGUGAAUUUGCUUGUGUAGUUUCUUAAAUAUGUACAAUCUCUUUUUUCAAGGGUGGUGAUUAAGAGAAAUACCCUGAAGAGUUAGAUGUUUUGAAGAAUAGGAAAAUUAUAUUUAGAGUCAACAUAAAGAAACAUAACAUCAAUUCUUUUGAAGAAACUGCUUACCAUGUUGGGAAGGAGUCAUCUGAACUUCAAAAUUAUUCAUUUGAUGGUGACUUCAAUAAUACAUGAAAAGAAAAGAUUGUGAUGGAGGAAAAUUCUCACAUUGGUGAUAAUGAGGAUCCGCCGAAUGAUGUCCAAUCUUCAUUAAAGAGGAGUUUUAAUUGUGAGUCUAUGGAAGGAGAAUUUGAUGACCUAUUGCAGCAUUCUUCAACCAAGAUGAAGAAGAUUAUAAAGAUUGAGAAAGACUAAUGUUUAUGCAGCAGAUAUCAUAAACAUAUUUUGAAUUGUGGGAUGAACUUUCUACUGAAGUUGUACUUUUUUAUGGGACCUUAAUUUGAGGUGUUGUUUGUUUUGUUUAGUUGUUUUGUGUAUUGGCUUCCAUAAGACAUUUUUCUAUUAUUAAUGUUUUGAAAAUGGUAAUGAAAUCUGUGUUAAUUU